AAGAACAAAGAUGGCGGACAAGGACAGUCUGCUUUUUACGUUAUUUUUUGUGCGAUUUCAACAAUAAAACAAUUUCUUGAACAGCUUUAACCCACUCUACAACUAAAAAAUGUAAAUAUACACUUGUACGAAUUAAAUUUUUAACGUAGUUGAUGAGACGUAAGACGGAAAAUAGAUUUUAUCGCGCCUUGUUUGUUGAACUUGCCGGUCGGGUUUGACAUCAGUACUUACCCGUUCGAGACUCGGGAACGUAUUCGCCUGUUCUCGGCGCCUUCUUGGUUCGACAACGGGGAGUCGAAUACACCCCAGUAUCCCGGUACACGUCAAUUUCAAGAUGGACGCCCCAAUUCCAGAACCCUCUCUUUACACUGUGAAGGCUAUCAUGAUCAUGGACAACGAUGGAAAGCGGAUAUUGACAAAGUACUAUGAUAACACGUUCCCUACGGUAAAAGAAGAAAAGGCAUUUGAACAGAAUCUUUUCAACAAAACACACAGAGCUAAUGCUGAAAUUAUAAUGUUAGAAGGUCUAACAUGUGUCUAUAGGAGUAAUGUAGACUUGUACUUCUACGUUGUCGGUAGUCAACAGGGAAAUGAGCUGGUCUUGGUGAGUGUACUAAAUUGUCUCUACGAUUCCAUAAGCCAGAUGUUACGCAAAAAUGUGGAGCGGCGGACAUUGUUGGACAACUUAGACGCUGUUUUCUUGGCUGUCGAUGAGAUCUGUGAUGGAGGUAUAAUUCUGGAGGGAGACUCCAAUGCAGUUGCAUCUCGAGUGGCCGUGAGAAUGGACGAUGUCCCAUUAGGCGAACAGACUGUGUCACAGCACCUGCAACAAAAACUCCAGGUUCUACAGUCGGCAAAGGAGCAGUUAAAAUGGUCGUUAUUGAAGUGAGGGACGCAUCAAUUCAAAAUGGAGGAGAGCAUCAUCAACUAUACUUAUCAUCAUAAACAUCAAUUCAUCAUUAAGGAUCUUCAUUGGAUAACAUAUCCUCAGAGUUUGGAUCAGUCAAAGACAAUAAACUGUUUUCAAACGGACAAACAAAUCCUGAUUCGUUAACUCGUACUACUGGCUCACAGUAAUCCGUUCUGCUAAAUUUUCUUUGCGAAUACACUGUCAAACGCAAACCUAAAAGCUCAACAGUGAUGUAUUAACCAAUAAAUUUCGGCUGUAAAUGCAAUUUUAGUUGAAAAAGUCACGGUUUUCUGUACAGUAAAUGUUUAUUUAUAUUCUGUACAUGUACGUUAUGAUCAUGUUAAAAUAAAUGUGUAUUGAAAAUUCA